AUUGAGUAUAAAAUAAACAGAAACGAUUCCCAUCCUAAAAAUUUCUUACCCUAGCAGAGAAUAAUCGUACAUUGAAAUUACUACCAAGUCGCCCCGAAAGAUAAAAUUCCUUGUCUAGGUUCACAGUUACGUAUUUCUUAACCCAGCAAAAAGGUUAUCGUACAUUGAAAUUAGCUAAAUACAAAGUAAAAAAAAAAAAAAAAUCGCCAAGUUAAUGAGAAGUUAAAGCUAAGUUUGGGAAGCAGUGUUUUAAGUUCUACCCAAAGAGUCAGGUUAUAGAGGAGAGAGAGAGAGAGAGCCCUUUUCAAAAUUACGUAUUUCUUAACCCAGCAAAAAAAUUAUCUUACUUUCAAAUUAGUUAAAUACAAAGUAAAAAAAAAAAAUCAAGUUAAUGAGAAUAUCAAGUUAAAGCUACGUUUGGAAAGCUGCUUUUUUAUAAGUUAUAUCCGAAGAGUCAGGUUACAGACAAGAGUGAGAGAGCCUUUAUCAAAAUUCUAAGCAAGAGCCAAGUUUGAGAGGAAGCCUUUUUCUAAGUUCUAAGUUAGCGAAGGAGUCAAGUUAAUCCAAUUUGAGAGGCACCCCUUUUCCAAGUCCUAAGCCAGAGUGAAGUUAGUCAAGAGUGAGAGGACGAGAGAGAGAGAGAGAGAGCGUUUUCUCUCUCUCUCUCUCUCUCUCUCUCUCUCUCUCUCUCUCUCUCUCUCUCUCUCUCUCUCUCUCUCUCUCUCCGAGGGUGUAGGUGAGCAGGCCAAUCUACAGGUAGAGUUUACAGUUUGGUGGGUCUUCAUAAGGCGAUGGUCACCUACUGUCCUUGAGGUGUUUUAUAUAAUCAGUGGGUUCAUUUUAUCGAAUCGUCAAGAUGUGUUGCUAGGGUCCUCUCUCUCUCUCUCUCCUCUCUCUCUCUCUCUCUCUCUCUCUCUCUCUCUCUCUCUCUCUCUCUCUCUCUCUCUCUCUCUCUCUCUCUGGUCAGACAUUUGUUUUCGCUAUUUUUUUUCCUUUCCAUUCAUUCCUUUCCAUUCGUUUUCAUCUUUCUCGUCUUGUGAAGUAUUUUAACUCUCUCUCUCUCUCUCUCUCUCUCUCUCUCUCUCUCUCUCUCUCUCUCUCUCUCUCUCUCUCUCUCUCUCUCUCUCUCUCUCUCUCUCUCUCUCUCUCUCUCUCUCUCUCUCUCUCUCUCUCUCAGGUCACGUGAUAUGUUGACAUGACAUUUCUCAACGCGCCAUCUGGAAAAUAAGUCUCACUAUUAUUAUUAUUAUUAUUAUUAUUAUUAUUAUUAUUAUUAUUAUUAUUGUUAUGGGUAGAUACUUUUUUUCCAACUCCUCUUCGAUGUGUGGCACUAGAUUUAAGUCUUAUUUAUUUAGAUGGCACCUUUGGGAGAAUACAACAGAAAGAGAGGAAGGAAAAAAAUAAAUAGUUGUGAAGAUGCGACCAUACAAGGCAAUGAGACAGAAAGAAUACAAGGUUUUUCUUUAAUAUUGUAAGGAUUGUAGGUUCUUAAUUAAACAAAUAUCCGCA